AUGCCACCGUAUACUACCAGCAGGGGGAAAGGCAAUGACAGUGUGCGAGACCGAUCGGGCAGCGACGACGACGAGUUCCCAGACGUGGACCUAAUCGUUCAACGGUACCAAAAAAGUAGUCAAACCUGGCUGGAGACAAGCAGGAGCACCAGCCUCGACAACGGAACCGCCCAAGCGACAGUUAACGUGCUAUCUGGGCGGGAUCACGACGUAGAAGAGAAGCGCAACGAAUCAGGCGCCGCUGUGAAGGCCACUCCUCUUCGACGUAGGAAGCUAGGCCGGGGACAAACCGUUGAUGGGUCUCUCCUGAAGCCCUGGAAUGACGCGUCCGACAAAAUGGGCAGCCGAUUAUCAAAACAUAGAAGCAACCACAGCCGCACCAAAGGAUUAACUACCGACGUUGGGGGCGUCCCUGAAGAUGCGCCCGAGCCCGUGCCAGCGACCGUUCGCCAAGGUGGCCCUGGUGCUAUUGCACGAAACACGACGCAGGGCCAGCCUUCGGAGAGUGUGAGAGGGCUUGAGGGGAAUCUGCGAGGUGGAGAUGAGUCGAGGAGUCGAACCGGCCCGAGACGGUCGAGACAACGACAACAACCAUCCUCGGGUACGCCAGAAGAGAGGUCUGGGACAUUGAAAAAUACCGCGCAUUCACACAUAGAUGAGGAGGAGGAGGAAGAGGAAGAAGAAGUCUCAGAGUUUAAUUCGGCAUCCUCCUCUGAGUCGGAUUCAUGGGACUCGGCUUCAGAGCUUCCCACAACACCGACCGCACGACGCUCUAGGAGUCCAACUAUUCAGAGGUUGAUAUCCCAGCCAUCGCCGUUGAAUGAUAAGAACAAAGUGGCCGCUCCUAGCAAGGAACUCCAGCGGACUAUGGUCGGUCCCACUAAGCGUGCGGUAGAGAAAGCCGUUCUCAAAGGAGCCCUGCAACAUUCGUUGAACGCAUCCCAACGAGGAAGCCUUGACGAUGUUUUUCAAAAACUUCAGAUCUUCAACGAGGAUUCAGAGUCGGACGAGCCUAUUGCUAAAGGAGGCAAGAACCCCGUGACGGGGCCCCCGACGCCGAAGAAGACGCUCCUAGCAUCACCUUCCAAGCGGCCCAAGAUCCCUGCAUCGCCGUGGAACCCCCAGCAAGGCGAGUUCUGGGACCCGGAAGCGAACUUCGGCUGGAUCGACAAGCACUCGCCUGAAAAGCCCGAGGGCAGCCGUCCUAGCCAGAGUCAGAGCGCACCGGACAACGACGGCAAGGCGCCAGGGCCGAAGCGCAAACACGCGGUGGCGACGGUCGGCGUGGCAAAGCGGGACGCGAGGAAGGCUUUCGACGUGACAAAGGAGGAGCUCGCGCGCAGCUUCCUACAGGAACUCGACGAAAACGUCACGGACGGGCAGCUGACGCGUAUGACGGCAGAGACGGGCGGGCUGCGCAUCGAGUGGUCCAACACGCUGCUCACGACGGCGGGGCGCGCGCAUUGGAAGUGCAAGACCAUGUCGACGGCGACGAAGCACGCGGAUGGCACGGUUGAAGUGCGCAAGGAGGAGGUGGGGCGAAGACAACACCACGCGCACAUCGAGCUCGCGUCCAAGGUGCUCGCGAACGAGACGGACCUCCUCAACACGGUCGCCCACGAGUUCUGCCACCUCGCCGUGUUCAUGCUUGACGGGAAGCCGCGGGCGGCACACGGCCCCGAGUUCAAAGCGUGGGGUCGUCGGUGCGGCCGCGCGUUCGCGCACCGCGGCAUCGAGGUGACAACCCGCCACAGCUACGAGAUCGAGUACAAGUACGUGUGGAGGUGUGCGGGGUGCGCCGCCGAAGUGAAACGGCACUCAAAGAGCGUGAACCCGGAGCGCCAGCGGUGCGGCGCGUGCCGUGGCUACCUGCACCAGAUUAAGCCGACCCCUCGGGGCGGCGACCCUGGGCAGGCGGCUCCCGGGGCGGCGGCGGGUAGGGAGGGAAAAGAUGUCACCGCAAAGAAGAAGCCGAACGCAUGGCAAGAGUUCAUGGCCAGAGAGAUGAAGGCGCUGAGCCAGACCGGAAAGGGUGUGCCGUUCGGAGAGCGCAUGGCCAUCGUCUCGGCGAAAUGGAACGAGCUCCAGCAACAGCAGAAGAAGAAGUAG